AUGGAGCUACCUCGGUGGUCUGGGCGCCGAUUGCGCUUUCCAGCAGCUUCUGCCGAUGAAUCGUUUGCGCUUCUCCUGCGCGGAUGGGCGUCAGCUGGAAUUCAAAGCUGCCGGAGGGCGGUUGCAGUGUGCCAUGGACGGGUCAUGGAGACGGCCAUUCCGACACAUGACUUUCAACGAGGACUCAACCGUGGAGCUACCGGAACUUCAACAAGUUGUGCGGCUCAUUCAGAACGAUGCGAACCGACUCCGUGCAGAGCUUCAAGAGCUGGCUUGUUUCUCGGGCAUCGGCACGAAGUUUCUGGAGGCGCGAAGCAACGCACUGGUCAGAGUGUCCUUGGCGGGCCAUGGUCUUCAAUACACGGUGGAUGGAAGUUGGCGCCCACCCUUUCGGUUGCAACCAAUGUAUUCCACUGGACCCAAAACGUGCACUUAGCCAGGCAGCUGGAGUUUCAUGACGACCUGGUCAUGUUCCCGGAUAUUUGCCAUUCCGCCCAGCUUCCGAAACCGGCAACAGCCUGCAUCCGGUCCACUCUGCAGGUGCUGGCCGCUGAGAUGGGUUUCGGAGCAUCCUUCGUUGAGGCCAGAGGCAAAGGCUGCGUGCGGAUGACGCUGGCGAGCCAAGGCAAGUUGCAGUAUACUGUCGACGGAGCUUGUCGCCCUCCUUUCUCGAAGAUGCAGUUCGAGGACUCUUUCGUGCACUUCCCAGAGCUGGGAACGACGGCCAAGCUGCCACAGGCCGAAGCGGCUGAAUUGAGGGCACAGCUUCAAGAUCUGGCGGUGGCGGCAUCGGUGGCCGUGCAGUUCAGAGAUUCGAGGGGUGCCGUGCGGGUGUUCUGUGCAGAUGAUCGACUCUUGCAGUGCUCCUUGGACGGGGAUGUGAAGCCGACUUUUCAGCAGAUGACCUUCAUGCAGGAUGGCUCCGUGGAUUUCCCUGAAAUAGGGCAGUCCUUCCAGCUACCGGAAGGUCUCGAAAGCCCGCUGAGGAGGCAGCUCCAGGAACUCGCUUGCAAGGCCCAUCUCGGAGUCAUGUUUCGCGGUGCCAGAGGUACCAGUGGAUCCCUUUUACGAUUUCAUGUCAGCUCUCAGUGCCUGCAGUACACCGUGGAUGGCUCGUGGCGGGCCCCAAUCCAGCAGAUGUGUUUUUCUGAGGAUGGUAUGGUCGCUUUUCCGGAGUUGCAGAAGACGGUCAGAAUGCCAGAGGAAGAUGCAGAAUCCCUCAGGAUCAUGCUGCAAGACCUUGCAAAUCUCGCUGGGCUUGGGACUUGCUUCGUGGAGCCUCAAGGCAGAAGGUCCAUCCGAGUGUCCAUUGCCGGAGACGGCCUCCUGCAGUACUCGGUGAACGGAUCUUGGAGACCCUGCUUCCGCGAGCUCCAUGUCCGGGAGGACGGUUGGCUCGAGAUUCCAGAGUUGGGCAAAAGUGCCAAGCUGCCGGACGGCCAGGCGACUGCGUUGGCCCAUCGCCUCCAAGAGCUCCAGCGGGCGUCCCAAGGGAGACCGCAAGGACCGUCGGAGACCGGCCCGGCGCUGUGGCUCGUAGUGGAUGCUGGCUGCGUUCAGCUCACAUCUCAAGAUCGGGACUGA